UGAGAUAUUGCCUCUGACGUUGUCUCUAACUGACGUUGAGCGGUAGGACCCAGAGGAAUCCUUCACACGAGCUAUAGGAAAGUGUCGAAAACGGCACUACUCCUCCGGAGUGACAGCAACUGCCACCGACCAAGAUCAGAGGCUUCAACCGAGUAAAUAAAAAAUCGCGAAGCCAGGUUUCCCAGCACCGGUCAGCUUCCCCCCAAGAACUUUUGAGAGUUUUGAAAGCUGUGGAUUUGCUGAAGGCAGGGAAGCAGUGAUGGGAUCUUCACCCUCCCUGCCCGCCUGGGAAAUUCGCAAUCUUGCGAACACCACUGGCUUUACUUCAGAGCAAAUUGAAAUCCUCCACAGAAGAUUCUUGCACCUAACUGAUGGGAAGGAUACAAUGUGCAAAGACUGCUUUGAUAACAUACCAGAUCUGGAGUGUAAUCCAAUUAAGUCAAGAAUUGUCAAUGCAUUCUUUGAUAAGAGAAACCUGGGGCUACAAUCGAUUGGAACUGUUGAUGAAAUCACUUUUGAAAACUUCCUGACCACUUUAUCAUUUUUCCAACAUAUGGGUAACAGCCACUCAAAAGAGGAUCUGGAAUACUACAAAACUGAAAAACUGCGAUUUUUAUUUCGCAUGUAUGACACUAAUGGAGAUGGGAAAAUCACCUUGGAUGAAUUAAGAGAGAUUAUAGAUGAUCUGUUAUCCAAGACAUCAAGCACAGAAAAGACUUCCUCAUCAAUUGCAGAUGCUGCAAUGUUGGAGGCUGAAACCAUCUGCGUAGGACAAAUGGAACCUGAUCAAGUGUACGACGGAAUAACCUUUAAUGACUUCCUUAAGAUCUACACACACAUUGGCUGGGAUUUUCCGGUCCUGCCCACAGUGGGUGUGAUAGCGGGCGGGAGCGGAAAAUAUCGUGAGAUGAAAAAAUAUCAAUUUUACCUCGGCUGGAAAACAGGGACCUAUCGACUUGACGGAGUGUGUUUCCCGACGCACAAUGUCGAUAAUGCAGGAUAUCAAGAUAGAAACCAAAAUGCAUGUGCGUUUUCUGAACAUGGACACUACUGCCAUUUGUAAAUAGUAAAAAAGGACAUCCAGAUGGAGAAGAAUCCAGGCAGACACCAUCCCAUAUGAAGAGCUUUAAUAUUAAACCAUGAAACAAACAAAUUAUCUCAGACAAUAUUGGAUGGAUUAGUAUGAGCAUGAUUCCACUCAAAGUAGCUGCACGCAUCUUCAUUUUUAGAACUUGCUUACUUGUGUCUUUGUAAUCCUUGGAAGAACUAAGUGUUCCAUGUGUUGGAAUCUAGAACUGGUAGUUCCCUCUUCAAUUAUCAGCGCUAAAAUUUCACACUUUUCUAGCACAGCUUUCUUUCCUUUGCCUCAUUAAAUGGUGCACUUCAUGCUAUACAAGCUACUACAUCAGUUCUCAUGCAUUUCCUGGAUGAAUCCAGCUUAAGAUUUGAGGUUUUUAAUGAUUUAUUUCAUAACUCUCUGCCACCUCCCUUUCUUUUUCACCCUUUCUCUCCGCCUUAAUGGUAAACUGUGCUGUCAUAUCAGACAUCUUACUGACUCGCCACAUCCCCUCAACUAAGUUGCUCAAUUUCCCAAUAUUAUUGAUAGUCUGCUGUUCAAUUUACUGUAGGUUUGAAACAUGCCGAUGAGUUGAUAUCUGCUAAUCUCAUUAUUUAUGACAUCAAUGCAACAAUGGGCCUUCCAGUAUCCUAACAGCAACCUGCAUUAGUAAUUGUACCCACUUAAAAAAAGAGCCCUUCCUUUCAACCAUACAAGUCUCAGCAUUACUGAAAAACCAGUUCCACGUGACCAAAAUGAAUCUGUUUGAGGGCAAUCGCUAUUGAGCCAGCCAAUUUACUAGCAUGCACAUCAAACCUAUUACUCAUUGUUUAUUUUGCUCAGUCUUUCUUUUACCAUCAGUUUCAGUUCCUGCACUAUUUAAAAGCUGAACCUGCACUAUACUCUCCCCACUGCUUUAAUCCCUGAUCAUCUAUCUUUAUAAUUCAGUUGUAUGUAUUUUUUAAUGUACUAUUUUAUUUAUCUUUCACUUCCUCUACGGAUUUACCCUCUUCCAACCAUAAGAACAGGCAACUAACUAACUCUUGGAGGCCUCAGCCUUUCCACCUUGGUACUGAUUCUUAGGGCCGAGAGGUAAACAGGAACUAGCCUUAUGACUUUUCAUUUCAUUGUGUGGUGAAGUGCUCAGCUUCCAUUCAACAGCCGUCUCAGAGGUCAGUCUGGAAAAAGCAGUACUAUGAAAUGUACCAAAGUACGCUGUACCAAAGUACCAAAAGUUGUACCAAAGUAAUGUCACUAGUGCACUGCAAACUUAUUGGAUUGUUUUCACUUUAUUAUUUUGGUGGUUUGUAUUUGCAUCUAAAAUUAAUAGAACAAAAUAUUAAAAAUGUUAAAGUUC